UUUAGCGGAGAAAUCCUCUCCAAAUCAGCAAAACACAACCGCAAAAACUCAGAAACCACCGCCACCGCCACAACAACCCCACCGGACAUAUCCCCAGCUUCGGCGGUCCAUAAAUGGUUCUCCAACAUCCUCAAGCCCGCCAAUCCCCCACACAGUACCCCAGACCCCAAUCCCGAUCCAACGGCCCUUACUCUGCCACCUUUUCGCCAGCCCAUCAAUUGCAAGUCCCGCUUCCAAACCGACCCCUCUUCUCAUCACCCGCCGCCGGGAAUCUUAAUCCCAUCCUCCCGCCCGAACCUUCAAGAACUCAACACAAUCGCCGGAGACCCAUCUCCUCUCCCCGCCGAAAAGCCUCACCGAAUCAGCAUGUUCUUUGGCGGAAAACCCAGUUCUGUCGCCGCCCAGGAAACUCGUGGAGUCGGCGCACCGGAGGUCGAUAUCCGCGUCGACAUGUUCAAUGGACAAGAUUGCACCGAAGCACUACGCUAGUCAUGGAGGGUUGAAGGAAGAGAAAGGAGCUUCUGAUCACAAUAUCAUUAAUGGGUUUUUGAAGGAGCAGAGGAUCAAGCUUGAGAAAGUCUUAAAUGGGGAGGUUGAGGCCAAGGCCAAAAUUGUGCUCUCUGGGUCUUCAAACAGUACCAUUUCGAUGGUGGCGGCGAUAUGUUACACGUGGCUUUUGGAGAAUAGGUUGAGUAAAAAUAAGGGAGAAGGUGACGGAGAGGGGUUUGUUGUGGUGCCUGUGAUGAAUUUGUCUAGAGGGAGGAUGUGGAAGCAUAAGCAGGCUGCUUGGCUGUUUCAUCAUGUUGGCGUGGAUGCAACCUCAUUGUUUUUUUUCUGAUGAGGUGGACUUGGAGACUCUAAUGAUGGCUGAGAAAUUAAGUAUCCUUGUGAUUGGGCAAGAUGUCCUCAGAACUAAUGGCGAGGUUGGAUCUCAGUGCACCAUUCUUACAGAUAAUUACUGUGAAGAUGCCUAUGAUCUGCUUCAAACACCUGCGCUGAAGAAGCUUUUGCUUGCAGGUAUCCUAUUAGACACACAGAAUUUGAAUGCAUCUGAUAAAUCAUCUAUGACAAGAGACUCAGAGGCAGUUCAGUUGCUAUUGGUUGGCUCAGCCACCAAUUACAGAUAUGCUCUUUUUGAUCAACAUCAAAGAGAUGAAUCUUUUCUUGAAGCUCUGCGGCACAACUAUGGGAAACGUCCCACAGAGAGUGAUUUUGAUAGCAUGACACAUGUGGAGCAUAAGCUUAUAGAGAGGAAGUCAACCUCAAUAUCUCAGGACAAAGACAUCAUGCAUAAUCCGUACAAGAACCCUAGCAAUGUGAGAAGUUCAAAAACUAACAGGGUUUCACCAAAAUCAGCCAAGCCUAAUUCAUCAUCUGUGCAAUCUGCUCAAGCAGCACCAGCACAAACAGCAUCUGAAGCCGCUCGUGCAAAGCCUAAGUUCUUCCUGGCAAAGUGGUUUGGUUUUGGAUCAAAAAAUGAAAACAAGUAGUCUGCACCACUUUAAUAAUAUUGAUUAUGGUACAGGAAAACCAGAAUUACGACCAAAUCAGAGACCAAAACCAUUUCUUGGUUUGCUGGUAUGUUCAACAAACUGAUAAAUUGGUCCCUCAAAUUAUUCCUUAAUAAUCUGGGCGCUUGGAUGUCCUUUGGGCUGCAUUAUAUCCUGAGGAGGAGUGCCACAAAAGAUGUCUCAAGAAGAAUAUUGUAUAAAGUCUUAGUUGCUAUGCCUAUUCUAUUAUUGUUUUUGUAUCAGACAAUAAUGCUCAGAAGCUGCCAACGAUUUUCCAUUGGUAACAUCAGCUCAUGCUAUUAUAUAACUCUGUUUUCUACACCAUUCUUUGUUGUUGUCAUGUGGGUUUUGA